GUCCGCUACUUAUUUUUGGAUAUUCACUGCAUGUCCGAAGCCUCUAUAGCUUACACUAGGCGACCGACAUCCAGCACCGUGUACUACAAGAGGUGCAUAUUCGGGAUUGAGACAAACACCGCAAUCGGCGAUCUAGCAGUUCAACUAAUGAUCGCCACACUUGGGAAUCUGCCAGAGCGCGUGUCACUGGAACUGUCACAGGAGUAUGCAGUACUCGUUUGCUCAAUGAGCGGAGCGUCCUGGAACAGAGAAUCAGGAAAUUAAUGAACGAGAGUGAUUGACUCGGCCCGAGCGGCUCGGGUAGAGCCAACUCAGACCAAGUGAAAAGUCAGUUUGCCAUGGGCGAAUGUGCCAGUGGCAGAGCAGCCAUAUCGUCCGUAACGCCACAUUCUCAAUAGCAACCCGUCUAAUUACUUUUCUUGUUUGUUUUCUC